AUGUCGAGCUCAGAGAUCAACCAGGUUUUGGCCAAUUCGCUGUCGCCUGACGCGAACUUGCGCAACGCUGCCGAGCAGCAACUCACAUCAGCCGCCGAGAACAACUUCCCCCUAUACCUCGCAACCCUCGUUCAAGAGCUUGCAAACGAGAGCGCGGAUGGUUCCAUCCGUGCUGCCGCCGGUCUCGCCCUCAAGAACGCCUUCACCGCCCGUGAUUUCAACCGCCAUCAAGAACUCCAGACAAAAUGGCUCCAGCAGACAGACGACGAGACGAAGACGCAGGUCAAGAAUUUGACCCUGCAAACACUGGCCUCUUCCAACAGCCAGGCUGGCCAGGCCGCCGCCCAGGUCAUCUCCUCCAUCGCCGGCCUCGAGCUCCCCAGGAACCAGUGGCAGGACCUGAUGAGCAUUCUGGUUAAGAACGUCAGCGAGGGCGCCGAGCACCAGAAGCAAGCCUCCCUCACCACAAUCGGUUACAUUUGCGAAAGCCAAGAUGCCGAUCUGCGCACCGCCCUGAUUGCCCACUCCAACGCCAUCUUGACCGCCGUUGUCCAGGGUGCCCGCAAGGAGGAGACGAGCCUCGAGGUCCGCCUGGCCGCCAUCACGGCUCUCGGCGACUCGCUUGAGUUUGUCGGCAACAACUUCAAGCACGAGGGCGAGCGCAACUACAUCAUGCAGGUCGUCUGCGAGGCCACCCAGGCCGAUGACUCCAGAAUACAGCAGGGCGCCUUUGGUUGCCUCAACCGUAUCAUGGGUCUCUACUACGACAACAUGCGCUUCUACAUGGAGAAGGCGCUGUUCGGCCUCACCAUUCUGGGCAUGAAGUCUUCAGACGAGGACGUCGCUAAGUUGGCCGUGGAGUUCUGGAGCACUGUGUGCGAGGAGGAGAUCCAGAUCGAGGAUGACAAUGCCCAGGUCGAGAGCGCCGACCAGAUGCGACCCUUCUACAACUUCGCCCGCGUAGCUGCUAACGAGGUUGUUCCCGUCCUCCUUAUGCUUCUGACCAAGCAGGACGAGGAUGCCGCCGAUGACGAGUACAACUUGGCCCGUGCCGCCUAUCAGUGUCUCGCGCUCUACUCCCAGGCUAUCGGUGCCGCCAUCAUCACCCCCGUCCUUCAAUUCGUCGAGGGCAACUUGCGUGCUGAGGAUUGGCACCACCGUGAUGCCGCCGUUUCUGCUUUCGGCGCCAUUAUGGACGGCCCCGACGAGAAGGUCCUCGACCCCAUCGUUAAGCAGGCUCUUCCUAUCCUCAUCGGCAUGAUGGACGACAGCUCCCUCCAUGUCAAGGACUCUACCGCCUACGCCCUCGGCCGCAUCACCGAGAGCGUGUCGGAGAGCAUCGACCCCAACCAGCACCUCGACCCCCUUAUCCGCUCUCUGUUCAACGGCCUCAUGAGCAACGCGAAGAUAGCAUCUUCCUGCUGCUGGGCUCUGAUGAACCUGGCGGAGCGCUUCUCUGGCGACUUCGGUGCCGUCCAGAACCCUCUCACCCCCCACUUCAACCAGAGCGUCACCAACCUGCUUGGUCUGACCGCCCGCCCCGACUGCGACUCGUACGUCCGCACCGCCGCCUACGAGGUCCUCAACGUCUUUGUCCAGAACGCCGCCUCCGAGAGCAUGCAGCCCAUUGCUUCGCUGUCCGGCGUCAUCAUCGAGCGUCUCGAGGGCACCGUCCCCAUGCAGAGCCAGGUCGUUAGCGUCGAGGAUAAGAUCAUGCUUGAGGAGAUGCAGACCAGCUUGUGCACGGUUCUGCAGGCCAUCAUCACCAGGUUGGAGAAGGAGAUCAUUCCUCAGGGUGAUCGCAUCAUGCAGACCCUGCUCUCCAUCCUCCAGACCAUCGGCGGCAAGUCCAGCGUUCCCGACGCCGUCUUCGCCACCAUCAGCGCGCUCGCCAACGCCAUGGAGGAGGACUUCAACAAGUACAUGCAGGCCUUCACGCCCUUCCUCUACAACGCUCUUGGCAACCAGGAGGAGCCCAGCUUGUGCGCCAUGGCUAUCGGACUCGUCAGCGAUCUCACCCGUAGCUUGGGCGAGCAGAGCCAGCCGUACUGCGACAACUUCAUGAACCACCUGCUGAACAACCUGAAGAGCCCCAGUCUCAGCAACCAGUUCAAGCCUGCGAUCCUGCAGUGCUUUGGCGAUAUUGCCGGUGCCAUUGGCGGACACUUUGAGACAUACCUGUCCGUCAUUGCUGGGGUUUUGCAACAGGCCGCGACUGUCAACGCUGGUCCUGAGGGCCCCUACGAGAUGUACGACUACGUCAUUUCUCUGCGCGAGGGAAUCAUGGACGCCUGGGGUGGCAUUAUUGGUGCCAUGAGAGCCAGCAACAAGACCACCGUUCUCCAGCCCUACGUUCCUUCGAUCUUCCAGCUUCUCAACCAGAUUGCUAGCGACAUGAACCGCAGCGAAGCUCUCAUGAGGGCAGCAAUGGGUGUCAUUGGUGACCUCGCCGAGGCCUACCCUAACGGGGAGCUCGUCGAGAUCUUCCGCCAGGACUGGCUUACCGCCCUGAUCAAGGAGACCAAGACGAACCGCGAGUUCCAGGCUAGGACCAUUGAGACCGCGCGCUGGGCUAGGGAACAGGUCAAGCGCCAGCUUGGCGGCUCUUCCAGCGUCAUGGCCCAGACCUGA